UAUUAGCAUAUAAAAUGAAAGGUUAAUCACUUAUAGUACUGUCAAUUAAGAAUUGUAUUUUGUUUUUGUGUGUUCUGGAUUAAACAUUGUGUGUAUGUAAAUUAAGUAGAAGUGUUUGUAAUACUCGUCGAUAUCAUAUUUAAAACGUUUAUACAAGAUUGUACGUUGUACAAUAUGUAUAAGUAUAUUUAUAUGAUUUAAAAUUAUAUCAUAAAAAAAUCAGUGCACAGAAAAAUACGAAAUUUAUAUAGGCAUUUACAUAUGACAGGAUUUUGAAUUUAAAUUUUUAUUUCCUGUGUAUUACUUUCGAAAAUAAGAGAAUAAAUGCAUAGAUUUUCAUCCGGUUUUUUGAUCAGUCAGAUUGUUUUAUUGAAACAAGUUCUGUUUAAUGUAAUUUUUCAUGAUUCCUGUCAUGUAACUAUUAUUAAAAAAUGUAGCAUCAAGUAAUAAUUCUAGAUUUAAUGCUUAUCAAUAUAAGAAUACGUAACACGUUGACUGCCGCGUCACCCAUAUUCGGGUGACAGCAAAAUUUCUUCAAACUGAUCGUGUAGAGUGGCGAGGUAUUAAGUGACGACCUUAGGAAUUUAAUAAUGGAAACAAAUGAUCAAACAUGAUAUCAUGCAAACAAAUGAAACGGGAAAUUGUUGCGAGUACGCUUGGCGCAGCAGCACUCGUGGCCUGAAGAAUAUUUUAUUGGAAAUACGCGCGGCAGUCAACGUGUUAAGCAAUAUGCCCUUAUCAGUAUGAUAAGGAUGUAAUUUUGCUUGUUAUCUCGACAUAUCGGACACUAUAUACACAAAAGACACUCAAAGCUUUUCUUCGUGAUAGCCAAUAUAACGAGCAACAAUAAAUAUCAAUCAUCCUGCAUUUAAGCCCUACUACUGCUAACUCAUGGGAGGCAACUGUACUGCACAUUUUACAAUUUACUUUAUGAACGGCUUCAAUCGUGAAUGUGUUACGAUCUUCUUGUAGUGUCUUUUGUCCUGGAAUAUCUGUCAACAAAAGAUUAUUUACGAAAUUCCGUUAAUGAUAAUGCAUUGUUUUUUCGACUAUAUUUUAUAUAUGGAGAAAAUAUUGAAUUAUUGAAUAAUAUAUCUCACGAUUUCUUGUUCGUAAUCUUAGUGAAUUGCAUACCAUUUUGAAGUGAAAUAAGUGUAUAAAAGAAAUACACGCUUUUCGACUGUUUAAAGACUACUUUCAGGAGGACUGUCGAAAUAAUUUUUAUACAUAAAAUGGAAGUAGAAAACAAUGAUGCCGUAUUGAUACCGGGUCAGUGUAUUCGUCCGCCUGGAAAUAAAGAAAUAGCUACGAAGUUGUUAAAAGAACUUUACAACUUGACCGCCUUAAGCGUAACCGACCUAAACGCGUAUGAUGAUAGGAAUUAUCACGUAAUUUGUGACGGCUCGCAUACGAAUCCGCAUAUAACAAAUAUUAGCGAAUGCGGUUACGUUUUAAAAAUCGUCAAUUCUUUAGAUUCAAAAAAAGAACAUGUGAUUGAAGCACAGACUGAUAUGCUGAUCUUCCUCAACAAGCGAGAGAUCACCUGUCCUCUGCCCGUGAAAAAUGUACACGGACUGUAUCAUACUUUGGUUGAAUUGAACGCUGAUGGAUGUACCGGAGAUUACGUCGUGAGACUAUUGGUUUAUCGACCUGGUGAGUUACUGCGCCACGUUCCGAUUACCGGAGAACUGCUUCGAAACGUCGGCAGUUUCACCGCGAAGCUGAGUAAUGUUCUACUCAAUUUUUCCCAUUCGGCUUAUAACGAGCACAAGACAAUGUGGAUGUUAAAUUCUGUGCCGAAAUUACGGCAAUUCACUUACGCCGUCAAGAAUGCGCUCGAAAGGGAAUUGGCGCAUCAGGUAAUCCUCGCUUUCGAGAAGGAAGUGCUUGAGAUCGACCUGCGACUUGAGCACGGCAUGAUACACGGUGACUUAAAUGAACAGAAUCUGGUAGUGAGCUCGAACGGUAGGGAGAUAGCUGCCGUAAUUGAUUUUGGGGAUUCUCAUCGGACGAGCCUGAUCUUUGAGUUAGCGAUCACAUUAUGCUACAUGAUUUUACAAGCUGGCGAUAUAGCGAUGGGUAAACACGUCAUCGAAGGAUAUCAAGAUAUAAGGAAGUUGACAGAACCUGAGAAGAAAAUUUUGAAGACCACUGUCUGCGCGAGACUUUGUCAGAGUUUGGUCAUGGGUGCUUAUUCCCAUCUCUACGAUCCGCAAAAUGAUUAUCUCCUUAGUACACAGAAAUCUGGAUGGACUUUACUAAAAAAACUGUGGCCUCUUAGUCAAGAUGCGAUACUCCGAAAUUGGGGAUUGACAGACUGAUUUUCUUUCAUACACUUGCGAAUAUAAUAUUACGUUACAUAAUUUAUAUACAAUGUUUAGGACGAAAUAGUCAAUAUUCAUGUCAAUUAUGAACACUGUUCUAGUACUAUUUCUUAGACGAGCAAUAAAAUGAAUUUGUAUCUUAAUAGAA